GCAGUGUGACCCGAAUCACCCCUAUCUGAUGCCAAUUUUUUUUUCUUCAAAUUCUAAACAGAACAUAGAACACUCUCUUGCAAGAACAAAAAGAAGUAAAGACACAGCAGAACAUAGCAAGUGUUGACGACUGUGAGGGCAUCACUGGCAACAAUAUUUUCUGCUGACAAAGAAGCUAGUGUCGGCAGUAGCUACAUUAGUCUUUAGAUGGCUGUCAGUGAUGACAGUUAUGGUUGUUUGACAGCAGUGUUAGCAUCAACAUUAUGGGUGCUAUGAGUAGUCUCCUCCGUUUCUGAUUUCCUAUUAGAACAAAAGGGUCAUAUGAGUUGGCCUUUGUUAUAGGGCGGGGUUUAGUCUUCUCUUUUAGCCAACAAAUGGGUUGUUGAACCCUAGCUGCAAAAAAUGGAAAGGAUAGAUGUGGCACAUAAUCCUGGGAUUCGGCAAGCAGCCUUGUGAUCCCACAGCCCGUGCCUCUCCUGAUCUGCCAUCUCUGUAAACUUUUAGCAUCCCCUGAACUCGUGGGAUAAGACGAUUAUGCAAGUUUGCUCGCGAUCUUAACAAUAUUGCAUCUGUGCUUGUUUUUUAGUGGUAAUAGCUUGUCUGAUUAUGUUGGUAUCAUAUGCAUUCUGUAUCAGGUAACACAGAAAUAGGCAAUGGAUAUGGUGUGCCCGGUGGAGGUGCCUAUUAUGAUGGUCCAAAACUUAAUACUGCUGCAGGUAACAGUGCCAUCAGUCAGUCUGAUCCUAUACUCGAUAGAUGUUCAGAACAGAAACCUGCAGCUAAAGAAUUGCCUGAGUACCUCAAGCAGAGGUUGAGAGCUAGGGGUAUUCUUGGAGACAAUUCAUGCACGGCAGAUCUUGUAAGUAUAUUAUCUUAUAUUAUAUUUGUUAUCAUAUUCACUUUCCCCUCCUGCACCUUUUUUUUUUCUGAUAUUUUCCUACGUGUUUCACGCUUUCAUUCUACGCAAACCGACUCUGUUUUCAUGAACCCUCGUUCAUGCUCCUUACGAAAUCGAUGUUGUGAUUUCACCAUUUUUUUGGUGUGUUAA